UUUCCAUCUUUCGUCGUUGUCCUCGUCGUUCAUGGCGUCUACCAAGCCUGUUUGGGACCUGUCGCAUUCGCAACCGUCGACGGACACGGAGUCGUCUACUUUCAUCACUACCCACAAGCUGGAGGCAGCACUAAGGCGAGUAUCCAAGCAGACAGCGCAAUACGAGUCGCAAAUGAAGGACCUAGAGUCCAAGCUUUCCGAGAACUUGUCCAAUUUCCGUGCUAUCGACAGUUUCUUGCAAGAGGCCUUUACUGUUCUCCGGCGCAAUACUCGACGCGCUGAACGUGCAAAGAACCAGCAGCUCCCAGACAUCUCGGCCGAGCUGGAUGAAUGCAAUGUCAUGCUUCAGGACCUUUCUGAGACACUUCCGACUAUACAGCACCAAGUUGCGGACCUGCGGGCAGUAUAUGAUUCCGGCCGGAAGAAGGCCCGAUCCCUUGUUGCCGACCUGACAUGGCUGAACACGGAAUUCUACGAAAGAUGGAGGACCAUCAUUUUCACAUCGUCCAGUCCUGUUUCUUGGCGAUGGAAGGCCUUCAUGCGGUUCCUUUUUGCGGUGUCAUUUCUAAUAUGUUCCUGGAUUACCUGGAUUGCUUUACUAGGUGCCUACCGAGCCUAUCGUCACAAAUUAGUGUGGGGCGAGAGACUCAUGUCUUGAAAUGAAUUUGAUUUCUUCACGAAAUUUGGAUGUUCUUGUACAGUUUCAGUUUCUCUCAUAGAUAUUAUAGGUCAUGGUAACUGACAUUAUUCCCCAUCUCAUAUAUACCUUUGUCCUAUCUUGUUUGCACUGGUUGUAUGAUCUCUGUAAUAUAUUUGACGGAAUUAUUGUAUGCUAUAGCAAA